AUGUGCAUCGCCCACUACCUCCACUACCACCACAUCCCCCCCUGCCCCCGCCCCGUGAGUUACCUCUGCCACUACAGCUACUGCGCCGCUGCCCUGUACGAUCCCCUCAGUGGGAGAGCCCUCGCGCCCUGCGACGACAUCUCGGACAGUUCCCCAGGCGGAGACAUUUCCAACCCCUGCACCAUGGGCCUCUGCCUGAUAAAUCCCAGGUGCAAAUCCGGAGCCUGUCGUCUUGAGGAUCUCGGCGGGCGGUGGGUGUGCUGCGCGUGUGGGAGGGGAAGAAACUCGAGCUACCAGUGCCUCAACUACCAACCCACUGCCCCGGACACGUUUUGCUAUCACCAGAUCUGUGAGAACUGCACAGAGGACAAGACGUGA